AAUCUCUUUCUUAAAUUUUCCCAGAUUUGGGUAUUUCUAACUUUAACUGCGAAUUCAAUUCUUAUAUCAUUAAUUGGGAAAAAAAGCAAAAACUUUGAAGCUUUUUCGUUUCUGAUAGUUUCAUUGGCUCUCAAUCGAAGAAAACUUUAGCUUACAAAAUCUGCUUUGAGUAUUGAUUUCAAUUCAUAUGGAUAAUAAUCUCAGCGUUGCUCCAUUAGAAUCUGAGAUCAAAGAGGAUAUGUCUUUGAAGAAUCAUCCUCCAGACGAGGAUAAGGACAAGGACACUAUUAUGGAACAACCUAGUAGUCCACGUCAUCGGAAGGUUGUUGCUAGAUGGUUACCGGAUGAAGCGCAGAGGCCGAUUAUCGAUGAAGCUCCGGUAUUCACCCCAUCGUUAGAGGAGUUUGAAGAUACACUUGCUUAUAUCGAAAAGAUACGUCCACUAGCAGAGCCGUUUGGUAUCUGUCGAAUCAUCCCACCAUCGACAUGGAAACCUCCUUGCCGGCUUAAGGAGAAGAAUAUAUGGGAGCAAACAAAGUUUCCCACCCGGAUUCAGAACGUCGACCUGCUUCAGAACCGUGAGCCGAUGACAAAGAAACCAAAGAGUAGAAAACGUAAAAGGAGAAGAAACUCGAGAAUGAGUUCGUCUAAGAGACGAUCUGGUUCUUCUCCCUCUGAAUCGACUUCAUCUCCCGAGGCUGAGGAGAAAUUUGGUUUCAAUUCUGGUUCAGACUUCACUCUUGAUGAGUUUGAGAAAUAUGCUCUGCAUUUUAAAGACUCUUACUUCAAAAAGAAAGACUCUGGUGGAGAUAUAGUAAAAUGGACACCGUCUGUGGAUGAAAUAGAAGGCGAAUACUGGCGGAUAGUUGAGCAACCAACAGAUGAAGUGGAGGUAUACUAUGGAGCUGACUUGGAGAAUGGGGUACUUGGAAGCGGGUUUUAUAAAAGAGCGGAAAAGUUAACCGGUAGCGAUAUGGAUCAGUACACAGUAUCUGGCUGGAACUUGAAUAACCUGCCGCGUCUCCCCGGCUCUGUACUCUCUUUUGAAGAUUGUGAUAUCUCUGGAGUUCUAGUUCCUUGGCUCUAUGUAGGAAUGUGCUUUUCAUCAUUUUGUUGGCAUGUGGAGGACCAUCAUUUAUAUUCACUGAACUAUCAUCACUUUGGGGAGCCAAAAGUAUGGUAUGGUGUUCCAGGAAGCAAUGCAACCGCUCUCGAGAAGGCGAUGAGAAAACAUCUACCUGACCUGUUUGAAGAACAGCCUGAUUUACUUCAUGGCCUGGUUACUCAGUUUUCUCCUUCAAUCCUGAAAGAUGAGGGAGUCCAGGCUUACCGGGUGGUUCAGAAUUCAGGGGAGUAUGUAUUGACAUUCCCGAGGGCGUAUCAUGCAGGAUUCAACUGCGGUUUCAACUGCGCAGAAGCGGUUAAUGUGGCUCCUGUUGAUUGGUUGACUCAUGGACAGAACGCUGUGGAACUUUACAGUAAAGAGACAAGGAAGACUUCUCUGUCUCAUGACAAACUUCUUCUUGGAGCAGCGUAUGAAGCGGUUAAGGCCCUUUGGGAACUCUCAGCUUCUGUGGGAAAGGAAAAUACAACAAAUUUGAGAUGGAAAAGUUUCUGUGGGAAGAACGGGACACUUACCAACGCGAUACAGGCUCGGUUACAAAUGGAAGAGGGAAGAAUUGCAGCACUUGGUAGGGAUUCUUCGAUCCUAAUGAAGAUGGAGAAGGAGUUUGAUUCAAACUGUGAAAGGGAAUGCUUCUCAUGCUUUUAUGAUUUGCAUUUCUCGGCUUCUGGCUGCAAGUGCUCUCCCGAAGAAUACGCUUGCCUUAAGCAUGCAGAUGAUCUUUGUUCAUGUGAUGAGAAAGAUGGAUUUAUUUGUCUCCGGUACACAAUGGAUGAGUUAAGCUCGUUGGUCAGAGCAUUGGAAGGCGAAUCAAAUGAUUUAAAGAUAUGGGCUUCCAAGGUGUUAGGCGUUGAACACAGUAAUGAAGAUCAGACUAAGACUAGUUCAGUUAUCAGUGAGGAGAAGAAGUUAAAAGAAGUUUCAGUUAUCAGUGAGGAGAGGAAGUUAAAAGAAGGUUCAGUUAUCAGUGAGGAGAAGAAGUUAAAGGAAGGUUCUUUUGAUCUGAACAUUGACUUAGAGUUGGAUUAUCAAGAAGACCUUAAAGAAGAAGUCAGCACUAGUGGCGGCGAGUUAACCGCCUCAGAGAAUCUUGGUGUAUCGGUUGAGCCUAUAAACCUCGGGUUCUUGAUUUUUGGAAAGCUUUGGUGCAAUAAGCAUGCUAUAUUCCCAAAAGGAUUCAGGAGUCGUGUCAAGUUCUACAAUGUGCUUGAUCCAACAAGAAUGAGCAAUUACAUCUCCGAGGUUUUGGAUGCAGGACUCAUGGGUCCAUUGUUCAGGGUCACUCUGGAAGAAUCUCCAGACGAGAGCUUCUUCAAUGUCUCAGCCCAACAAUGCUGGGAAAUGGUGUUGCAGAGAGUUAAAGAUACAUCCACCAGUCUUGGUCUUCCUACAUUAUCGCAGUUUGAGGGUAUCAACGGCCUUCAAAUGUUUGGUUUCCUCUCACCCUCUAUAGUUCAGGCCAUUGAAGUUCUUGACCCAAACCAUCGACUCGUUGAGUACUGGAACCACAAGGACCAAACUUCAUCAGACUCAAAAGAUCACUUCAUAUCAUCAAACUGUUCCGCAAGUUUAACCAAAGGAAAACUUUUCGGAGUAGAUUUGAUGUAAAAAGCUCAAGAAGCCAACGAGACUGUACCAACUCCGAGACAACAACAACAGUGACAUCUUUUAGAUAGAUAGAAUAAAUUUCUUUCUGAUUCUUUUUUUUUGGAGCAUUUAUUCAUAAUCUUUUGUUCUUUUUAUCACUGCAAGAACAAAUAACCUAACCUUAGCGUUAGUGAAGUGUAAACAAGAAAAGAAAAGUCGUAAUAAUAGUAAUUCUUCUUUCAAAUCAA